AUGUGGCCCAAAAGUGAUAUUGAACAGCUGGAUCGAUGGGUCAUUGACGGGUGUAUGACACCUGAGCGCAUUCUAAAGAGACUUACCGAACAACAUGGCCAUUGUGGCCUAAGAGAGAGCGAAUAUAUCAGACUCCAAAAGUUUUUUGACUCUCACUGCGUCCAAGAGGCUGGCACCGCACAUCUUGAUAGAGACACCUUUGUUUCAUUCCUCAAGACCUCCAGCCAUGUCCCCUCACUUUUCGACGAAGCUGGGGAUAUACUCUAUUCCAGUGUGCUAUAUCUCUCUAGAUAUCCAUUUCGGUUGAGCACCUCGCAAACGAUGACUCUUGAAGAGUUUGCUAGAGCACUUGUCUGGGCCCUCAUAGAUGCUCCAUUCGAUGAACUACGAGCCAGACCCCUUUACGCAGAAGGGAAUCUCUGCCGUGGGAGAACAUGGGCCGAUCAUAGGAGGACCAUUUUCCAGAGUCUAGCAACCUCUCGCGACGGAACGAUGCUUCCAUAUGAUGAUCAGGAGUGGAAGAAGAAAGCCAAAGAGAGAGCCCACCAGUUUAACAAAUUCGAUCAAUCCCGGCUAGAGUUUGCCGCCACAAAUAGUGAUGAACAUGGCGAUGAGAUGUACCACGACGUUUUAGAUAUCCUCUUCUCAUCUCAAAUUGAAAUCCACCCGGGGUUUGCACCAGUUUGCCGUGACAGCUUCCGCCCUUUAGCAAAGGAGCUACAUGGAAACCAUACUCAUCUUCACCACCUCACUAUUCCGCAAAAGCGUUUCCAUACUUUUGUCAAACUUCUCAUCGUUUAUCACUUUGGCCCCGAUAACAAGGUUAAAGCAGACGAAAUGUCGGAUUUAGAUCGGGUUUCACAUUGUAUUAUGAAGGCUUUUACUCGACAUUCACAUAUUGGGAUUACUUGGCCAGCGUUUGACGAGGCAGCCUUCAAAGUUACGCCCUGGCUUCUAGAUGGGUACUACCGUAUUCUAAGCAGCUUUUUUGGCAAACCAGGUCCUGGAGAACGUCUUGGUUUCAACCUCGAAGAUACCCCUAUAUCCCUACGCAACCCUACAAAUAUUCUCACAUUCCCAGUCAUGGGGCAGCUUGGUAUAAUGUUUUCCAGAUCUUCUUACUGCUUCUAUAAUCUCUGUCGCUUCCGGUACUAUAAACCACAUAUCAACGAAAUCGACAUAUCAACCGUUACCAGAGAUAUCAGCACAAUUCCGGGAAGCGCUUUCUUUCUAGUCUCCGGCAAAAACAAGAAGACUGGGGAUGUUUCCGUGUUCGGGUCUUAUAUUGCUGUUCCGUCUAAAGAUGGCGAUGGGAUCCAAUCAACAGAGGAAGAAAAGGCAGUACACUGGCAAGACUCUUGUUUGUUCGAGUUAAGCCCUGUACAUGAUAUAUAUUCAGGGAACCGUGGAUCACCCGGCUGGAAAAUUGUCGAAGAUAGCCUAUGGUUUGGGAACAGAGAAAAUGGCUUCGCUCUAGAGCUAAGCAGUGGGCUUCGCAGUGCGGCCGUCUUCCACAAUGUAGAUGGAAAACAGCAACCCGUCUACAAUGCAUCGAAAUGGAGGGGGAAUUGGCAACUAGAAUUUGAGAUCGAAGAGAUUGAACUGUGGUUUGAUGAGGAUUAA